UGUCCCUCAGGCAAGCAGAAUGCUCUGAUCAUGGGCAAGAAGACCUGGUUCUCCAUCCCUGAGAAGAACCGACCUCUGAAGGACAGGAUCAACAUUGUGCUAAGCAGGGAGCUCAAGGAAGCUCCCAGAGGGGCACACUACCUUUCCAAGAGCCUGGACGAUGCCUUAGCCCUCCUAGACACACCAGAGCUGAGGAGCAGAGUGGACAUGGUUUGGAUUGUCGGGGGCACCUCAGUCUACAAGGUACCUGGGGCUCCCCCUGAGCUGCUUGCGCUGUCCGAGGAGUGA